UGGGCGGCGCUGGGCGGGCUCAGCCAAUGGCGCGCGGGGAGGCGGCGGGGCCGGGGCAAGAUGGAGGAGUACGCGAGGGAGCCCUGUCCCUGGAGGAUCGUGGAUGACUGCGGAGGGGCCUUCACCAUGGGGGCCAUCGGAGGGGGGAUCUUCCAGGCCAUCAAGGGCUUCCGGAAUUCUCCAGUGGGCGUGAGCCACCGGCUGAGGGGCAGCCUGACCGCCGUCAGGACCAGGGCACCGCAGCUCGGGGGGAGCUUUGCCGUGUGGGGAGGGCUCUUCUCCAUGAUCGACUGCAGCAUGGUCCGGAUGAGGGGCAAGGAGGAUCCCUGGAAUUCCAUCACCAGCGGAGCCCUGACCGGAGCCAUUUUGGCCGCACGGAACGGGCCCGUGGCCAUGGUGGGAUCCGCUGCCAUGGGAGGGAUUCUCCUGGCGCUCAUCGAGGGAGCGGGAAUUCUGCUGACGAGAUUUGCCUCCACCCAGUUCCCCAACGGCCCACAGUUGUCCGAGGAUCCCUCCCAGCUCCAGCCCCCCCCGUUCAGCAACUAUCAACAGUACCAGUGAGGGGCCUGGGAGCCCCGGGAUGGGAUGGGAUGUCCCUCCCCUCCCCCUCCCAGGAACACCUGCAGCACUUCCCAGAGCUCAGGAGAACUUUUAGGAGAUGACAAAUCUAUUUAUUCCCAAUAAUUCCCAUCUGUAAUGUUACACGUGGGCUGGAAUUACAAGGAGGUUUGAGACAUGGAGCA